AUGCUAGAAGACGACAUAUACCGAACCUCUACGCAAUUUCGCCUCUGGUCCUUCACAGAAGACUCCCUCCGGUCAAUCCGAGCUAAUACUAAUGCUGUUGCAAGCGAGCGAGUUCGUGCUGCCGUCCGCCGGGCCAGAGAAGCUCGACAACAAGCCUCCAUAGCUCCAACACCAGACCAAGGCACACCAAAUCCAAACCCAAAUGAUGGCGGUAGAGCCGUUACGCCAGCUCGAACAGGAGCAGGAAGCGAGCAGGAGAUAGAAUGUCUUACGCCAGACGAGGAGUUUGAGCUGGUACAGUACUUUUGUGAGAAGACUAUGGAGCUGGGAGACGAAUAUAAACCGCCUCUGCCUACAACAGUAAGGGCGACUGCGAUUCAGUAUCUUCGACGAUUCUACCUUACAAACUCCCCAAUGACCUACCACCCGAAAUCAAUCAUGCCGUGUGCGCUCUUCCUUGCUACAAAAACGGAUAACUUCUACAUGUCCCUCCGGUCAUUUACAGAACACAUACCCAAUUCGACGAUGGAAAGUAUAAUUGCUCCCGAGUUUCUUCUCACACAGGGCCUACGGUUUACGUUUGACGUACGCCACCCAUUUCGUGGAUUAGAGGGCGGGAUGAUGGAGUUGAAUGCCAUUGCAAAGGGAGAAGCUACACCAGGACCCCAUCUUCCAGGACUUACUCCAACUGGACUUCAGAAAUCCAUCCAGUCACUUCCACCUCCGCCUACUUCGAUAGCUGGGCCAGUGCCUGCUUCGCCUCUAGCUACCCGUUUGGCAAAAGUACACCACAAUACCAGAGAGAUCCUUAAGCAUUCUGCGCAAAUGACAGAUGCAUAUUUCCUUUACACCCCUUCCCAGAUAUGGAUUUCUGCAUUACUCAUUGCCGAUAGACCACUAGCUGAGUUCUACCUCGAAACAAAACUAGGCCCAGCCACCGCACCCCCUACAUCCUCAACUUCGCCUUCAGACAUGCUCUCCAAUAUACACGCUAAACUUAUUCCCGUCCUGCAGUCCUGCAGCGACUUACUUGCCUCUUACAUACAGCAUAAUGGAACAUCAAGUACUGUUCCCGGCUCAGCGAGGAUGAAGAGGCUAAAGCUGAUAGGGAAGAAGCUAUUUCACUGCCAGAACCCGGAAAGAGAAGAUAUCGUUGCAUUAAACAGGCUGCAGAAAGCGGGUGGUUCAGCUCUCCCCACAGGAGCUAAUACCCCUUCAGAACCAGUUGCUGCUCUGACUUCAGUUAAUGUAGCUGCUAUAAGCGAGGAGCAAGACGUGGAAAAUGAUAUAGAUCGCGCCGCUAAAAAGCGCAAAUUGGAGAGUGAAAAGCCUGGGGGAAUGGACACUCCCUUCGGAGGGGAGCUGAAGAAGGGAUGA